AUGGACUUGAAAGAAAAUUGUACUUAUGUCAUGCACAAUUUUAAAGUGCUAAAAAACAAUGGUCAGUACAGAGUGUGUGAUCAUCAAUUUAAAUUGGUGUUUAUUGGGGUUAUUGUUGUGAGGGAGUGUGUUGUAGGGGACAUCCCUUUUAGAAAAUACAGGUUUCCUGGAUUUGUAGAUGUUGUGGCUGGCCAGUUUGAACGUGGACUAUUGGUUGAUGUUAUUGGUGUUGUGGAGGAGGUUGUCUUUCGGCAAGUUUCAGGAAAAGGUAGAAGGGUAGUUUUCAAAUUAAAGGACUUGAGCCAACAAUUGCUAUCUUGCACUUUGUGGGAUGAUUAUUGCUUGCAGUUUGUGAACUUCUUAGAUGAUUAUGAAGGUGAUGGUCCAAUUACAGUUCUAUUAAGCCAUUGUAGGAUCAAGGAAGCGCAGGGAUCUUAUCCCGCAUCGAUCAACAAUUCUCUCAAGGCUUCAAAGUUAAUUAUUAACCAGCCCGUGAUGGAGAUUCAAGAAUUCAAUGAACGAUAUUUUUUGCUUGCAGAGUUGGGCAUUGAGGCCCGGUUAGGUUUUAAAUCCCAUGGUGAAGGGAGUACACAACUUUCAGGUUCUAUCCAUUAUCAUCAAAAGAAUCAUUCUUUGGCAAGGCUAAGGCAAAGACUAUUGCUGAGAUUAACACCAUCUCUAAAGUAUAGGCUUGAGGUAAUGAUCAACAAGGGAAAUGAAAGCACAAAAUUCCUGCUUUGGGACCGUGAAUGCAGUGAAUUAAUUGGCCAAUCAGUUGAUGCAGAUGGUGAUGUUGAUUUGAAUGCUUCACCCCAAGCACUUGAUAAGAUGCUGGGUCAUGAACUUGCUUUCAAGAUAAAGGUGCAACCCAAGUUUAGGAAUUCUGCUGUUUUGAAGUGUUCAACUGACUCGAGCUUGAUAAAUGCUGUGAUGGAUAUGCUAGUUGAUGCUGAGACAUCUUCAAAAAUGGAUAUCCCAGUUUCUGAUUCGAAUCAUUCUGCUCAACAUGAAUCUCAAUCCCUCUCUGUGACAGUAGAACAUGAUCCCUUGCUUGGACUCCCCUUGACGCCUACAAAGCGGCAGGCAUUUCAGGAUUGCGAUGAUGAACCAGGGAUCUCUCAAAUUUCACUUGCACAGCUUUCAUCCAACAAAUUAAAAAAACAUGCCUGA